UGCUCGGGGCGGGGCCGGCGGCGGCACCAAGGCCUCCCGUGGCCGCGGCCGUCUCCUUCCGCUGCCGCCAGCUCUGAGCCGCGAUGAGCUGGGAGCUGCUGCUGGCGCUGCUGGCGCUGUGCGCGCCCCUCCUGCUCGUGGUGCAGCUCGUGCGCUUCCUGCGGGCCGACGGCGACCUGACGCUGCUGUGGGCCGAGUGGCAGGGCCGACGCCCAGAAUGGGAGCUGACCGACAUGGUGGUGUGGGUGACUGGAGCCUCCAGUGGCAUCGGCGAGGAGCUGGCUUACCAGUUGUCCAAGCUAGGAGUUUCCCUCGUGCUGUCGGCCAGGAGGGUGCACGAGCUGGAAAGGGUGAAAAGAAGAUGCCUCGAGAAUGGCAUUUUAAAAGGAAAAGAUAUACUCGUUCUGCCCUUCGACCUGACCGACAGAAGUGCCCACGAAGCAGCCACCAAAGCCGUCGUGCAGGAGUUUGGUAAAAUCGACAUCCUGGUGAACAACGGCGGGAGGUCCCAGCGUUCUUUGUGUGCAGAGACCAGCCUGGACGUCUUCAAGGAGCUCAUGGAGCUGAACUACCUGGGGACCGUGUCCUUGACAAAGUGUGUCCUGCCGCACAUGAUCGAGAGGAAGCAAGGGAAGAUUGUUACGGUGAACAGCCUGGCCGGGAUCACCUCCGUGCCCCUCUCCAGUGGCUACUGUGCCAGCAAACACGCACUGCGGGGUUUUUUAAAUGCUCUCCGAACUGAACUUGUUGACUACCCAGGUAUAAUAGUUUCUAACAUUUGCCCAGGACCCGUUCAGUCAAAUAUUGUGAAGAACGCCCUGACUGAGGAACUGACCAAGACCAUAGAAAAUGAGGGAGACCAGUCCUACAAGAUGCCAACCAGCCGCUGUGUGCGGCUGAUGUUGAUCAGCAUGGCUAAUGACCUGAAAGAAGUGUGGAUCGCGGAUCAGCCAUUUUUGUUCAUGGCAUAUUUGGGGCAGUAUGCGCCGACCUGGGCCUGGUGGAUAACCAGCAAGUUAGGGAAGAAAAGGAUUGAGAACUUUAAGAGUGGUGUGGACGCGGACUGUGCUUAUUUUAGCUCCUCGAAGAAAAAAGCCAACUGAAAGGAGCGCUUGGAUUUUUCGAGGUUCUGGAGGGAAAAGUGAAAUACAAACAGCAGCCAUCUUCUUUGGCACUGAAGACUCAUGUGUGAUUUUACGUUUUGAUACAACUUUCAACAUAGAAUGAGUAAUAAAUUAGAUGGCAAGGAAUCUCGGGAAACGGGUGUUGGCACGGUACAUUUGCGGAUAAAAGAGCAUUUUUAAAAUACUUGAGCAGGUGUGCUUCAAAAUGUACGUUUAUCGAAAUCCAACCAAAGAAUUACAGUAAUCUGUUUGCUA